CGAGAGAAGGUGCAGCGCGGGUUAUUGUAAACAUACAAAUUGUCUCCCGUUGAAAUUCUGUAUUUUUUAUUUAAAGUACUGUUUUUAUUGAUAUAAUGAAUACUUUGGAUAUUUAUAGGAUGUGCAAAGUGUUGUGUAUUAAUAGUAGUGACUGUGAAGUGUGUUAUCAACAAUAAAUCAAACAGUUCAAGUCUCGCAUGGACGCAGGAAAUAGAGCGAAACACAGUUCUAUCAGUGUAGGCUAAAGGUGCUAUUUCUUUGACCACUGGAUAUACUUUCUGAAGAUGGCUGAAGAUGACCAGGAAACCGAUUACGUUAUUAAAUUACGCGAAGAGGAAGAAAUGGAGUUUUAUAUGGACUUGGCUAUCCACGAGACAGAAAGGUGGAUUCAGGCUGUCACCAAGAAAAGUGUACAGUACCCGGAUGACACCAGAAAAUCUUUAGAAAAUGGCGUCCUUCUGUGCGAUUUACUCAAUUGCUUACAGCCUGGAGUCAUCAAGAGGAUUAACAAAUUACCUACGCCCAUUGCAGGCCUGGAUAACAUCAACGUAUUUUUGAAGACAUGUAAAAGUAACUUUGGUUUGACAGACGCCCAGUUGUUUAACCCGUCUGACCUUGAGGACCUAUCCCAGAGAGCCAUAGCCGAAACUGGCCAACUCAAAGAAGAGUAUGAUAAGCGACUUAUUAAUGUUGCUAUUACCAUCUUCUGGCUUGGAAAAUAUGCUUCUAAAAACUAUCACGGGCCACAGCUGGACCUGAGUGCAUUUGCUGCUUUUGUCCAUCUAAGGCAGAACACAGAUACGGUUGAGCGGGAAUAUCAGGCCCCAGUGCUGUCCUCCUCUCACUGGGAUUGGUCCCAUGGGAGUCAAGGCCGACCUGCCGCCAACUCCAGCAGUGUAGACUUGUCCUUCCAUCACACUCGAGAUAGUUCUUAUGACUCAUUUGAAAAAGAGUCUUUUGAAAGUUUGGAUGAGCCUGACAGCAAGAUGCCUAUGACCAGAUACAGCAGUGCAUCUGCACUGAACAAAACUAGAGACAGUCUCAACUUUCAUACAUUUGAUUCAAGCUACAGCAAUGACCGCAACAGUUCUCUUUACCGCAGCAGUCCAGAUCUGGCAAACAGCUCCUACCAUAGGAGGUACUCCUCCACUGACAGCAUGGAUGGAUCUCAUAACUCUGGUCACUCCAGGCAAGGAUCAGAUGCUCUUGAGAGCAACUAUGCCACAAGAAGGCUGAGCUCACAGUCCAACAGAAAGUCUUCAUCUAGCGCAGACCCUCUUCAGUUCGUUAAACUGAAGGGUGCCAAUGAUUUGGCCUACACUGCUGAAGUGCAGAUGCGAGUUGCAGCUGAAAGUAAACUUGGUGCCUCAAUAUCACGAGCCAAAGAUGAUGAUGCAGAUUGGCAAUCUGAUUUGAGCUCAUGGAAAAACCGCAGGAAAAGCCAGUCUGAGCGUACAUAUCAUUUACAGCAAGAGCUUGAACAAAAGGAAGAAAUCAAUCCAACCUCGGCACCUAAAACAUACUCUCAAAUGCAGGAGGACAGAGAAAGAAGAAGGAGUUCUGGACGCUCAUUUUAUCCCAUAGAAGAUGAAAAUGAUGAUGAUGAUGCCUUCACACCUGAAACAAAACUAGUUAGCAGCUCAUCAUCCAGCUUUACUCAGGCAAUACCCAAAGAUGGAGUUGCAGCAUGGGCCAAAGACUCCGAUGAUGAAAACCAAAAUGUUAAACAUAAUAUCACAAAAACUAAUGGAGUUAAUUCUGAUGAUCAAAAUGACAAAAAUAACAAUUUCAGUGACUCAAUUAAAGCCGAGGAAAAUUCAAACGUAUCUUCUAAAUCAUCAAGGUCAAGACUGACAGACAAACUUCGAGCUUUUGAUGAGGAUGAUAAUGACACCUUUUAUACUAAAAUAAGUGAUCAGGAUCACCGCGUUCCAAAGUUCAAAGGUGACUCGGAUAAUAAAAUUGUGGGAAAAAAUUCUAUCAAUUUAACGCAAAGUAAAGCUGAAGACAAAGGAUUCAGUAGUGAAAUUAGUUCUAAGUGGACUAAGGAUACCAAUGGUGAUGUUACCACCAAGAAAGAUAAUGAUGCUAGCAAUAAAAAAAGUGAAUCCUAUGGCAAGGCCAAGGAGAUGUUUUCAAGAAGUGAUUCUGUUUCUGACAGGGAUAAUAACUCUUAUCAGAAAAUCACAACUGUUCAUAAUGUAGGCUCAAGAACACAAAAUAAAAUUGGGAGUAUCAUGAAAAAUUUCACUGAUUCAGAAAACAAGGUUUUGGAGCCUAAACAAGGAUACAAUGAGAAAAUAGAUCUAAGUGCAAGGAAGAGUGCAUUUCAGAAGGAUACUUCAGAGUAUAAACCUACGCCUGCUCCUGUUCCUGCUCGUCGCAACUUUGGAUCAUUUCCUUCCAAAGAGGAAAGUGAUGGCAGCAGCUAUGAAAGUGAAGGGGAUGAGGAUGAAGAAGAUGGACGAAGGCAUGAAGAUUCCUUGGAUAGCAACAAAGAACCUUCUCCGUCUUCAUACCCACCUAUUCCUACAUCAAACCCACCCUCGGUCCCACAAAAGCCUGUAGCUGCUGUAGCUCCUGCAAUUGUCUCUGCGCCUCCAGUGAAGGCGGAUUAUAACAGUAAGAAGAAUCUUCUUGAAAAGACAAUAAUUAUAAGCCAGAAAGCUAACAAUGACAAAGGAUUUGGCUUUUUCUUGACUGGUGGGAUUGACAAUGAUGCCCCCAUCACAGUCAGCAAAGUUACUUUAGGAAGCAGUGCAGAUCUUUGUGAACUAAAGGUCAAGGACACUAUUCUCAGCAUCAACCACAUGGAUGUUUCAGAGAAGUCAACUUCUGAAGUUGGGGACAUUGUAGGCCGAGCUGUCAGUGCAGGCUACAUUGAGCUGAGAAUUUCUAGAGAAACUAAUGAAGAUGACUUUGAUGAUGAGGAAGACUUCUCUUCAAGUGAGGAUGAAGGUCAAUCUAAUUCUAAUCGCCAAUCAGCUGGGGAAAUCUACAUGAACAUAGAUAUGAAUAGCAAUACUUCUGUAAUGCAUCAGCUGGCUGCUGAGAAAGCCUGGCUUGAACAACAAAUAGAAGAUACAGAGAGACGAGAAGCUGAGAAUAGAAAACCGCAGAAGUUUUCUUAUGAGCCAGUCCAUACUGACCAGUCUAAUAAGGUUGAAGUUGAAACUCGGUUAACCCUUUCACUGGACAGAUCCCAAGACUCUUUAGAUGACUUGUCACCAUCUUCAUUCAAUACACGUCCAUCGCCAAGCUCAUCUCAGAUCCUAGAAGAUGACAGUGAUGGGUCUGGACCUCCAGCAAUUUUGCGCAAAUGGCAGCGCCAGCGCCACAAGGAAGAAUACACAUUUGACCCAGUUAGUGAUGCAAGUGAGACGUUUAAGAGAAUCAGCCUGAAUGCAUCACUUCCUCGACGAAACUCCAAUGAGGACAAGAAAGACUUUGACCGCUAUCGACUCCCAGAGACUAAUGGAACAUCAUCUGAGAGCUGGGAGAAACGGAUUGAAGAUUGGACCCAGCAACAAGACAAAAAGAGACAGUAUGUUAACAGUUUUGAUGUGACUGAUCAGGCCAAAAUAAAUGAAGAAAAUAAAAAAUUGCAAGAAAAAUAUGAAGAAGAUUUGAGAAAAGUUGAAGAAAGAAAGGUAGAGAAAAGAAAAGAAGAAGAUGAGGCAUUCAUAUCUCGCGCAGAAACUGCUAAAAUGCUAGAGGAGAGGAGAGCAGAAAGACGAGCCAGGAUACAGCAGACAGCAGCUGAGGCAGCAGGGACAUCUGUUCAGAGAGAACAGCCAGAAUCCCACACAACCUCUGUAACCCUCAGCAUUAACAAACAGCAACAGCCAGAGUAUGAAAACAUGUCAUUUUCACAUCCUAAACCUUUUGUUCCGUACUCACCCCCCUCCUCCACACUUAUCAUUGAUCCAAGAAAUCAGCAGAGGCAGAGUGAAAACUCCAUUCAGUUCCAAAUGAAAAUUGGAUCUCAGCCAUCUGCUGACAAAGAAACAGCUCAACUGUUGGAGGCAGAGAGGGAGCGUAUUCGCAUUGAGGAAAUGAAGAAAAUAGAAGAAGAGAGAAGGAGACUAGAAGAAGAGCAAAAAGCUAAAGAAAGAGAAAAAUUGCAGGCAAUAAGAGAAAAAGAGGAAGAAGUCAGGAGAGAAAAGGAAAAAUUAGAACUGGAAAGACAAAAGUUUUUGAAGGAGCAAGAAGAGUUUAAAAAAUUAAAAGAGCAGCAGGAACAGUUCCUUCAAAAACAGCAACAAGAACAGCUUCUUUUGAAGCAGCAGCAAGAACAGCUUUUUCUAAAGCAACAGCAAGAACAACUUCUUUUAAAACAACAGCAAGAACAGCUUCAAAAUCAACAAGAACAGCUUUAUUCAAAUCGGCAAGAAGAACCGCGUUUGAGAAAGCAGCAACAAGAUAGCUACAACUCAGCACCAAAACUUCAACCAGUAGCUGCAAAACGCCAAAGUGCUUCACCCAGUCUUAGAGAUAAGAGUUCCUCUUCUUACAACACUAGUUUCACAAGCAGCUCACCACCGAAAUUCACUAACUCCAGUCAACCAACUGUUUCAAGAAACAGUUAUACACUCAACACAGUCAAUGCUAAUCAUCAUCCUCCUCCAAAGCAGAAUGCCAUCCCCACCUCCAGGUUGUCCCGAAAUCUUGAGGGCAGCAGUGGAGAUGAGAGUGACCCUUCUCAGGCUGGCCACAGGUUUUCCAGGGAGCAGAUGCUUGCAAUGAAUAGGAGAGCAAAACCAAUGCAGGCUCUGCCUUCAGAAUCCAAUUCACAGGAAGCCACACCUAAAGAAGAAGAGGUUUCUAGCGUCACACCAAUUACAAGAGAAGCUCCUUCUAGAGUGGAGCUCCAUUCCUUGAACUCUGUGCCUAAAGCCAAGUUCCGUGACCCUAGUGAAAUUUAUGUUAAUGUGGGCACUACAAACCCAGCUCUUUCACCCAGGCAUACAGAACCAAAUAAAAGGUUCACUGCUCCAUGGAUGGACAAUAGCGAUGACAAAAAGAGGCACACUUUUUCUGCUUUUGGGGAACAUUGGCUAAUAGAGGAAGCUGAACGUAGACGGCUGGCUGAAUCAAGUAGUAAACUACCCACCACCAAGACUUCAGUGCACUCUUCAAAUUUCUCAGGACCCAUCAAACCUGCGAAUGAUAACCGUUGGCGAGGAGAUACCUCCAUGCCUCAGGCCAUUCGACAAACUCUUCUGCAGAAAACCUCUGGGCUAAGAGGCAGCACUCCUGACUUGGCCUUUUCCUCCAACACCUCUUACUCUUCAUCACGUUCAUCCUCCCUCCCUCCUAAUGAGAGCAUGACAUCACAGCACAAUCUAUCCAGCUCCCCCAAGGAGUACCAGCAGAACUACGCUUCACAAUACAAUCAGCAGCAACCUAAGUCGAGAUACUCCCAGCCUGACCAAGGCAGGGCUCCAGUUAAUGGCAAACAGCCCUGUUCUCACUGUAAUGAAGAAAUAGGUUUUGGAACUGCUAUGGUCAUUGAAGCCUUAGGGCUGUUUUAUCAUGUCCAGUGUUUUAGAUGCUGUGUGUGCCACACCUCUUUAGGGUCAGGGCAGCAUGGAGCAGAUGUCAGAGUUCGAGGUUCAAAGUUGCAUUGUCCCAACUGUUACAGCAAUGAUGAAGGUGUCAGAAAAAGUUCCCAAGCAUACCAUGGCCGUUUAAUCUGGAUUAAAGUUCAGUAAAGUCUAAAGAUCUUAUAGAUGGAUUAAAGUUCAGUAAAGUCUAGAGUUCUUAGAGAUGGAUUAAAGCUCAGUAAAGUCUAGAGUUCUUAGAGAUGGAAGUCAAGAUAUACAGAAAUUUUGUGUUUCAGCUUUAAAACAUUUUUUUGCUGUUUAUCCCAGCAAAUGGAAUGUGAACAUUUAAACCAUACAGUUAAACUUUGAAAAAAUCAAACCUAGUAGUUGUAUUAUCAGUCAUCUGUAACACUUGUAUUGCAUUUAUUGACCAUACAAGUAAAAACCAAAUUAUACACAUUUUAUUUUGGCUACUUUCUGAUUGUUAAAGUAUAUUUAUAAAUAUGUUAUUUCUUUUGUUUUUUUUAAAUUUCUAUUUAUAAUAUAAAAAACAAUAAAUUUAAUAAACUAUUAAACAUAAGUUGGUAUAAAUCUAUGCUUGGAUAAGUUUUAAAAAUAUUUCUGGAUACCCUGGUACAUUCUUAAGAACAGAUUCUGGAGAUUGAAUAAUUAAGAUAAGGAUCAACAUAUUUAAAUGCUUGCAACACAGUUAUAAGGCAUAUCUAGAAGUCUGAAGAUUAAGAAUGAGUGCAGUAUUUCAUAUGGCAAAGUAGAACUAGCUGUAAUCUAUAUACUUUGUCAAAUCCAACACAGAUAGUAACUGAUUUAAGUUCUCUUUUCACUGCGUUCACUUGCUAUCACCAGUAUUUCUUCUUUUAGGUCUCAGAUACCCCACAGCCUUUACAAGAGACUAUCAGCUGUCUAUUUUAGAUGCCUUUUACUGCCAGCUGUUAUACUCUAUUCCAGUUAGGGCAAGAUGGUGCCUCAGCUUCUCUUCCCAAUGUUUCCUGAACGAACUUCUCUUACCUGUCUCCAUAGAAGCUUUGCUCUUAUAAUCUUGAUAUUAGGCUGUUAUUGACCAGAAAUUUAGAACUUCCAUUUUCUUUAAAGAACGCUGUAGAUGUAAAGAAUAGAUGCAUACAUGGCUAUAUGAGUGCUGAGAUCCAUCUUUUUUCAGGCUUUUGUUGUUGUAAAAGUAUUGAGACAUUAACCUUAAUGUUAGAUGACUUUAACCCUCAAAUUACAUUUGAAUUUGAAAACAAUACAUUAUACAUGUACUGUUUAAUUAUGUGUUUGAGAAAUAUUUAUAUGUUUAUCUGUUCAUAACUGCAUUUUUUCCUAUUCAUUUUUAAGGAAUAUUAUGUUGUUUUGAAGAUUUUUCUAUUUUAAAGUGUUAAAUAAAAUUAAAAUUUUACAAUUGCUUUUAUUGUGACUUUAAAAAAUAAGGAUAUAAAUUAUCAAUGACAUAAGGUCCACAAACUAAAAUAAUGUGUUUCCAUUUGAAAAAACAUGUUGACAAAUAACAUCAGAAACAACAGAAUGAAGUACUGAAUAUUUUGUAAUGGACUAAAGAGUUAAUCUGUAUUUGUUUUUUACAAGGUUGGGCUUAACUUCUGAGCAAUGAGUGGUAAAUCUAGAAAAACUACACUUUUUGUAACAUUCUUUAAAAAAUAGAACAAUAUUUAAAAAAAUAGAACAAUAUUUCUAAUUUAAAAUUUUCAAAUAAUUUUUGAACAAAAAAAGCUUUAACAAUACUCAGUUCCUUGUAAAGGCCAUAUGCACUGUAUUAAAUGCACUUUCGUUUCAGAAAAUAAAAACAGUUAAAAAGAGCUGUACACUUUUUUAGUUUUCCUAACAAAUGAGAGACAAUGAACCCUUCUAAAAGGAAAGUCUAACAAAUUGCUGAUAAAUUUCUAUCCCAACUUACCCCAAUCGUAGGCUAUCAUAAACAAUGCAUUCUAUCCCAAUAUUAGUGAAUGGGUUAGGAUAAUUUACUCAUUUUCUCACACUGAACAAUAUUUUUUUUUACAAUGUAAUCUACAGAUAAAUAAGCCCAUUAGCCACUUCUAUAAUAUUUUGGUACAAGUUUUAAUAAUUUAUACAAUAUUUUAAGAAGCACAUAUAAAUUAUUAAUUGUGUUCAAAUCCUGUGAUGCAUUUUGAAAAAAAAAAUGUUCUCAUUUUUUUUUUAAAAUUAUAAUCUGUUCUAUCUUUGACAUCAUGUAAACUAUUAAAUUAUUUGAUAAAGUUAGGUAAAGAAUGACACAUUUGUUCUAGUUUCAUUUUCAAUUUUAGAUAAGUUUUCAAACAAUGUUUUUUUACCCUUACAAGCUUCUAGUUUUCCUGUCCAUUUGUUGUAGCCAUAUUUUUAUACUUAAAGAAUGUAUUGUCUUGAGAAUGUCCUUAAAAAAUGUCUUUCAAUUCAAAUCAUUUCAUUUACUUUUGUCAGUCAGAUGUUAAAUUUGUCAGUGAGAUGUCAACUUUUGCAGUCCAAAAUAAAAAUAUAGUUACAUCUUUUUGUUUUGUCUGUUGCAUUACUUAUUAUAUAUUUCGAUUAUUAUUGAAGCUUUAUAUUUAAUUGUAUAGAAAAAUAAAUAAUUUUUCUAGAAUAAUUGUAUGGUUUUUUAAUAUCUAGAAUUGAAAAUGCAAUCAAAGUGUAAAGUUUAUUAUGAUAUGUUUUGUAUAAAUUUGUAAAUAGUGGAUGGUCUGUUUUUGUAACUGACAUUAAUUGCAGGAUUGUUAUAGUAGUUUAGUUUCAGAUUUCAAAAGGAUCCUUGUUGUAGUGUUAAGUUCAACGAAUGAAAGACUAGAUUUGACUUAUAAUGCUCGGAGCAGCCCUACAGGAACAAUUAUAUAGUAACUAUACAACCAAAUCAUUGGCUGCCACAGCAUGAGUGAGAAGAUAAAUAUUGUCAUUUGUAAAUUUUUGAUGACCCCAAGAAUUUAUUUUUGAAAAGCCAUUUUAUUAAAAACGCUGGCUUGUUUAUAACAUUUAUAUAGUUACCAUCAUAUGUGUUGAUUAAUAAAUUAUCAACCAUUAUACAUUUAUGCAUAUAAACUUGCCCCUCUAGCUUUAUGAUAAACCAGAUGAACAUAUGCAAGUAAUAUUUUCAGUUAGAUACUCUCUAUAUGUUACCUAUAUUCUUUUAAUAAUCCUUACUGGUACUACAAUACUUAUAUUGGGGUAAACUCUAGUUUGUUUUACUUUCAUUAUCACUGAUCAAAGUCUCAUUCCUUUGUGCUCACUGAGUCAUUAAUACUUGAAAAAUUAAUUUCAUAUAUAAUAUAAAAUUUGUAUUUUGAACCUUUCAUUACACAUUUGUUAACGUGUAUGGUAUAUCUAAAUGUAAAAUAUUACAUUUCUAUUUUUCUUCUUUUGUUUACAUUCGACUAACAAACAAAAAAAUUAUUUAAAUUCUUUGUUAGCAUAUUUUCUGUAUAAAAGUUAAAUAAAUAUUAAGUUAUAAUUUGGAGAAAAUGGUUAAACCAAGCUUGUUCAAUGAGUGAUUGGAACUUUCCCUGUGUUUUUUUCCUAACUUAAUUCUAGCCAAUUUUUAUUAUCAUGAAAUCAUUUAGGAGAUUGAAAUACUUUGUGUUCAUUUUAUUAUUUUUUCUUACCUGUUCUCACAUAUUUUGUUUUGUGCAAAAAAGAGACAGUGUGAUAGUAGGUAGGUGUGAGUAAUGCUUAGAUUCACUCAAGUUCUGGAAAACAUAUAAAUGGAAGAGUGUUGCUCUUUCUAGUAAAGUCAAUACACAUGAACUGGUAGUCUACUAUUUAGGAUUUUGUACUCACUCUUGUUCCAUUUACUUUUGACUGAAAAAUCCAAUUUUGUGUUUCUUUGUUAGAGUUUUUGAGAGCCGUUAGCAUCUAUGCAUGUGUAAACUAGAUCUAUGAGUGUGGAACUGAGUAGACUAAAGCUAUAUAUAUUUGAGUGUAUAAGCAUCUCAUGAUUUGUUCAUUAAUAAUGUUUUGAUUAUAUUUCAAGUAUAAACUGUACAGACCUGACCUUAUGGUUGCUAGUGUAAGGACAUGUUUAGCUAGCUACUUGAGAGACUAAUUCUGUCUGUUUCUGAAUAAGACAAAAAUUCUUGGAAUAACAGGUUCAAUGAAUGUACAUUUGUUCCUUUUAAAUGCUGAGUUCUCUAUUCUUUCAUAGCCUCCCUUAUGUUUAAUACAUUUCAAAGUAGAAAAGUUCUUACAAUAAACCUAGAUUUCAAUCAAUUAAAAACAAUCUUAUUUAAGGAUGAGCCAACAAUAUUUGAUUUAACUAUCAGCACACAGGCAAUUUAAACAUUUGAUAUAUAUUUUUAAAUUAUUGUUUUGCCUUUCACUAACACAAUAAUUUUUAAAAAAUGUAUAAAUAAGUACAAGAGCACACAAGAACUAGGACUUAUAGUGAUAUAAAAACAACACUACGUUUUAACUGCGCUGUACAUUAUUACUUCCGGAAAAUAGACCUUACUCUUAAGUUAUGAAGUAGUCAAGUCUUUCUUUCUUCUUGAUUGACUCACUUGGAGUGCACUGAUGAUUGGUUUAAUUAUUCAAAGUUACUUUCCCAGAAUUGGGUCAAUAUCUACACACACAAAACGUCAGGCACUAUUCAUACAAAGCAUCUCCAUAAUGCUAACAGUCGAUGCCAACAUAACAUGCCAGUUAUAGCCAGUUCGAACACAGACAUACAUAUACAGCUAAUAAGAUUUUGCAUGUGUUGUGCCAUUGAUGAGAAGGCCGAUAUCUUAAUUAUUUAAUACAUGUCUGGUUCUUUCAAAAUCAAUAAGCUUUCAGUCGUCUGUUCUUUCCAAGAUGACAAUGCCCCUAUUAUCUCCCCUCUAGUGUAAUGCACUUUAUAUGUGUUGCUUGUAUUUUCUAACAUAACUUUAUUUUUGUACUGUUUAAACUGUAUACACUACAUUGUUUAUUAUGUACAUUGACAUAACAAAAAAAAAUACAAAUAAAUUAUAUCUAUAUAUUUAUUAA